CAUAAUGCUUAGUGCCUUUGCAUUACAUGACGGAUGCUCUUAAAAAAACAUGAACCAUAAACAACGAGCCGUCACCAUGUCCGAGUCUGACACCUGACUUUUUUAUGUUGCAUACACAAGAGCAUCUAAUUCGAAGAUUUUUGAUUGAAAAUAUAGUUUAACGUGUACUACUUGUUAGACGAAUAUAUAGUGACUACGCGUGUCUGCUCGAAAGCCAUGGGAGUCGCGGAUAGGCGGUCGAAAUCGCGCCCGACUGUCGGCUGAGUCGUCGACACACAUCGGGGCUUCUCUGCAGUCUCCAUGAAUAAUAACUGGAUAAUAUGAUAACAUGGCCGUGCAAGCGGACUCAGGGGGCAAGGAUGACGUGAAGACGCAAUUCGUGACGCGCGAGGGCACGUACCGGCUGAUGACGCUGUCGGAGUACUCGCGGCCGAACCGCGUCGGGUACACGAGCGGCGCGGGCGCCUCGCACGUGCGCGUGUCGCUCGUCACACUGCCAGCCGCGAGCCCCACAGCCCCCGCCGCCGCCAACGGUGCUCCGCCCCCGUCCGAGCCACCGCUUUCCGACGAUAGGAUCUGCUUCAACCACGGCAAGGAGCUCUAUGUUUACGUUUACAGAGGGGUCAAAAAGGCUGCAGACCUCACAAAGCCUGUGGACAAGAAGAUGUAUAAAGGCACAAACCCAACAUGUCACGACUUCAACACAGUGACCAUGACACCAGACAGUGUGUCACUCGUCAUCGGGUUCUCCACUGGACAGAUCCAACUUAUAGACCCCAUUAAGAAAGAGCUCAGCAAGUUGUAUAACGAAGAGCGGCUGAUCGACAAGACGCGCGUGACCUGCAUCAAGUGGGUGCCGGGCUCGAGCAACUUGUUCGUGUGCGCGCACGCGUCGGGCCAGCUGUACGUGUACAACGACGAGCUCGCCUGCGCCAGCGCGGCGCCGCACUACCAACUCUUCAAGCAGGGCGACAACUACUCCAUACACACCUGCCGCACCAAGUCCACCAGGAACCCUCUUUACAGGUGGGUGAUAGGCGCGGAGGGCAGCUGUAUAAACGAGUUCGCGUUUUCGCCAUGCGGCGCUAACCUGGCCGUGGUGUCCCAGGACGGGUUCCUGCGGGUGUUCCACUACGACACCAUGGAGCUGCUGGGCCGCGCACGGUCCUACUUCGGCGGGUUCCUAUGCGUGUGCUGGGCGCCGGACGGGCGCUACGUGGUGGUGGGCGGCGAGGACGACCUGGUGACCGUGUGGGCCUGCGCCGAGCGCCGCGUGGUGGCGCGCGGCCAGGGCCACCGCUCCUGGGUGUCCGUCGUGGCCUUCGACCCCUUCGUGAGCGGCGCCGACUCGGACGACUCCGGCGACGAGGAGCGGCGGCGCGACCCCUGCUACCGGCUGGGCUCCGUGUCGCAGGACACGCAGCUGUGCCUGUGGGACCUCAGCGAGGACGUGCUGCGGCCGCCGCGGCCGCGGGCCUCCACGCACCUGUCGCCGGCGCCCGAGCCGCCGCCGCCCAAGCUGUCGCCCAACGGCUGCGCCCGCGCGAGGCCCGCCCGCCUGGCGCACAAGCACCACGAGCUGCCGCAGCCCGAGGCGGCGCGGCGGGCCGGCGCCGCGGGCGCCGCGGGCUCGCUGGCCGUCAACUCGCUGACGGCGCGCCUGGCGGGCUUCUCGUUCGGCGAGCGGCGCUCGGAGCAGCGCCGCGCCGGCGCCGGCGCCGCCCGCGCCGACGCGGCCGACGCGCUGCGCCUCAUGGGCACGCCCGCCUGCCCGCGCUUCGACGACUGCCCCGUGCUGGAGCCGCUCGUGUGCAAGAAGAUCGCGCACGAGCGGCUCACGGCGCUGCUGUUCCGCGCCGACUACUUCGUCACGGCGUGCGCCGACGGCGGGGUCAACACCUGGGCGCGGCCGCAGCGCCCGCUCAACGGGGAGCCGCGCGCCCGCCGCCCGGACCGGACCGAGCGCCCGGACCGGACCGAGCGCCCGGACCGGACCGAGCGCCCGGACCGGACCGAGCGCACGGACUAGCCUGCCGCAUCGCCAGCCGUGUAACUGGUGAAUUAGAUAGUCUUCGAUCUUUCCGGAAACGCGUGCGGGGCGGACGGGUGUUGCGCGGUGUAUCGCGGCUCGGUGACGUAUUCCAGUGCGGUGUGCGAGUGUGUGUAGUGAGCGAUGUCGACCGAGGGCCGCGACGACCCUAGUUGUGGAAAUGUUGAUUUUACAAAGCGGUGACGCGACGUCGCUUUUCUUCAAUGAAGAAGGGAAAGUCCGGUCCCGUGGCGGCGCCGCGAGGACGUGCGCUGGGACCGCUAGUCGGCGCCGGCGCCGAGAUUCUAUGUAUAGAUGUAUAUUGUAAUAUAAGAAUACAUUCGGCUCCCUUGUACAUAUAGCGGUGGCCGGGAGCGAUCCAAGAUCGCGAGAGACGCACUGGUGUGCUUCGUGUCCUCGGAUACUAUUUAUUUGAAUUGUUUUAUCAGUUUAAAUGUUGUUGUCGUAUAACGCAUCUGUGAGACUUGCAGAAUUUAUCGAAACCUAUAACUUGUGAGACUUGUUUGGAUAAGUCGUUGUUGUACCGGGGCGCGGCGGCGCGGGGCGUCAUUGCGUCGAUAUCGUUAUUGUAUUGUACACCAGAUAUUGGCCCAGAACGUCGCCGCGUCACUUACUGUAGGUAGCCUAUAAUAGUAAACUUAUUUUAUAGUAGACAAAUCGCGUAUAAAUACAACUCAGUUCUAUAUUUCCUGUAUAGAGGCGACGGAGCGGUAUAGUCCCUGUCGUUCAGUUGCGAGUGCUGUACAGCAGUAUCAAUUGUGGGCGCGCGCGCCUCGAGCCUAAACAUAUUUGUUGUAUUUAACCAUUAUAGUCAUUAUUAUUUAUGUGUAGUUACGUAUAACGUUUUAUUUUUAAUGUUAGUGCUCGCAGCAUGAGUAUCAUGGUAGCCUACAAAAGACAGUCUAUAAUGUAAAGUAUGUGAAUAUAUUUUUGUUGAUGCUGCGUGCACAUAGAGCAAUGAGGAGCGGAGUGUUAGAGAGAGUAAGAGAAUGUCUUUGAUAUAAUGUAAUGUUUACUUUUCGUUGUGGCCUUAUUCAUGUCUUACUUGUGUAAGUCAGAUGAUGGUUUGACGGAACAGAUCUCAUGUACUGACCCUUCACUUCUGUUCUGUAUCGCCUGCGAUGUCUCCGAGGCGAAUGUUAUUACAUAAUAUAUUAACUAAACAAUCUGUUGGGGAACAUUGUCAUUAUCUGAUCGAGAUGUCUAGUACUUGAGAUAACAAUUUUUUACUCUUUAUUGCUGUACCAAUAGAGAAUCGAAAUCAUGUUCAAGAAAAAAGAUAAAAGUUUAGAUACAGAUAUUUGUUGUUAUUUUGACACGAACUAGUUGACGCUAACACCGGUCGCUGCGGCGGGGGACGAGGCCCGCAGCAGUGUCCUUGUCGUCCGAUUCCAACUUACUGUAGGUUGUGCUCGUAGAUGUAACGCUAGCCUUCGGAACAGCGCUUUGUUGUUAUUCUGUGUAAUGUAAUGCGUUUGGCUCUGUUUUUAGAGCACACUGACUGAACUGGGGUCACGCUGGCACCACGACAUUGAACGAAUGUAUAUAUAUUGAAUGUUUGAGCUCAAAAUUUGUAAAAAAUAUAUCUUAGAUUGAGACAAUUUGUAUAAAAUGUUUUUAAGUUUGUUGUGUCAGUGUGACUUAAGUUGGUACGUCCAGAGCUGUCGUCCUUGUGAUGGAGUGGGCCGGCCGUCGUGAUGGAGCGGGCUGGAUACAACACGACUAGUGACUCACGGUCUACAAGCCUAUCAAGUUAAUAUUUAAAUAGAGGAUUCUCUUUUUAAA